CGCAGGCAGCAGGAGGGACCUCGGGGCUCCGCUCUGAACUUUGCCUCGCGUCGGUCCCAGCCUCUCCCCGGGGCUCCCCGCUGCCCCCCGGCCCCCCCUCGCUUGGCCUCACAGGAUGCAGAUCUCACCCUUGCUGGCUGGUGGACUUUUACUCGCUCUGCUCUCCGUCAGGCUGGAGGCGAAGCCGGCGUCUCAGCUCCCACAGAAGGCCUCCCGCGGCUCGGCGGCGGCGGCGGGUCCGCCCGAGGCGGCGGCGGAGCGAGAGAAGGAGCGCGAGAAGGAGCGCGGCGGCGGCGGGACGGGCCCGCGGGAGGCCCGCGAGGCUCGAGCGGAGUCGCGGCCGCGGGCGGGCUGGGCUCGGCUGCUGCAGGACCCGCCGAGCCGCCGCCACAAGGGGCUGCACAAGAAGGGCCUGGGCAAGGGCUGCUUCGGCCUCAAGCUGGACCGCAUCGGCGCCAUGAGCGGCCUGGGCUGCUGAGCGACCCCUGCCGGGCUUUGAGUCCCUAGUCCAUUUUCUCCUACCGUGGCCAGGCAGGGCCCUCCCCCCAGGCAACGUCUAGAAGAGCAGAGAUUCCCCCCCACGCAGACCGGACAAAAGAUGUGGCUGUGUUUUUCUUUUUGGUACGAGGAGUCAUGGCACCAGCUGUUUUGGUUUUGUUAUUUUUUCAAGAAGUGCUCUCUAUCUUAUAUAUAUUAUAUAUACAAACACUCACCGAGACAAGGGACAGUGCUUUUCCAAGAGACUGAUGAAGCCAGCUGUAUAACGUUGCUGUUUGUAAAUUCAUGUCAUGCAUAAAUGUAUUUAUGUUGUAAAGCUAUUUAUAUAUUGUUU